CACACACUAACAGCGGGCACUAUCAAGACAUAAGACGAUUUUGUUCUGACGUUUUGUUCAAAUUUCUUGCUCAAAAUGCAUCGUUUUUACCAACCAAUCACUCCAGCAAGUAAUAAGUUAUUAAAACAGAGAUGGGACGACACAUAUUUCGAAGAACAUAGGAGAAAGGUGAAUAUUUCAUAUUUUAAUACAUUAUUAGAAUUUCGAACUCAGAUUUAUUUGAUCUUUGGUUUGUUUUAGGUCGCGACAUCAAAAGCGGUAGUUGAUAAUAAACCCCCCAGAACAUACAUGCAUCUUCAUCUCAAGUUAAAGAAAUUACAGGUACUAGAAAAUGAAUCAACUCAAAUAUAAAACAAUUAUGUGCUGCAUAAUCCAAGCCGCUGCGCUUUAGUGCGCGCUGACAUCAUACUCACAUCCUUCCGUCUUGUCUGUGCCCUGUGGUCUUAUUUUUUAUCAAAAUAUCAAUAACUAUUCAUAAUGUUGGUUGAAGGUUCUAACUACUUGAAAAAUAUAGAACAAAUUCGACAUCUGCUCUGUAUUCUCAUCUAUGUAAUGUUUUUCAUGUAGUUUAUAAAUUAUAAAUCCUUCAAUAUUGUCCCCAAUCGGCAAUCUCUAGGACAUCAAAAAUUAUGUCAUUACCACUGUCUAUUCAAUUUAUUAUAUUUGGUAUCUUACUACUGUUGUUUCAAUACAGUAAUGUCAUUAACAAGAAUAUUCAUUUAUAUAUUUUUAAAGUCAAUUUGUUUGGAGAGUCAAGUAACAGCCAGCCGAGAAAUUAUAUAGCCUAUAGGAUAUGAAAAUAAAAAUUUAAAAAAUUUAAAACCCAAGAUGAAAACAUCUUGAAACAUAUGGACCGACUAAACUUGAUAUUUUAUAAAAACUCAACGAUAUUUUAUAAAAUGGUGUUAGUGUGAAAUGUGGACUAUAAAUACAACAUUUUAAUCAAAGAUUUGACAUUACUAUGCACCUUGUUCUGGCACCUUGGCAUUUCUGGCACCUUGGCAUUUUUAGCUUUUAUUGUUAUUUCAAGGCGCCAGGACCCUUCCUUAUGUAAUUAUCUAUUUUAGUUUUUUCAAACUUGUAAAGCUUAAGGGUUGAAAUAAAUUUGUUGUUGUAUAUUUCUUCGACACAGUUCUACAUUUGAAGCAACAUACUGUAGUUCACACGAGUCAUUAAGUGUAUGAAAUAUGAGUUGCAGGAUUGAGUUAAUCUCAUCAACAUUAUUGUAAUGUUGCAAGCCUGCAGGCUAUUUAAACCUUUUCUAGUGCUUUGCAUACUUGAUAAGGGAGCAGAAUUAUACAUUUAGCAUCACUAAAUGCAGCAACAAUAAAUAGUUUGUGAAAUCUUAGAAAAUUGACCAGUUUAUACUUGAGGUGAUCAUCUGUCAUCUUGUCAUCAAUCUUAUCAUAACAUAUCCCUCUAGUCUUUGUGUAAUCACAAAUAAGCUAGAAAGUGUAGAAUUCUGAGAAUAAUGCAAUAAAUAUAUAUUGGCUGAUAGUGUGUCUAAUACUGGCAUAUUUAUUUGUGAAUUACCAUACACACAAGUUGUUAGGAUCCAGACAACAGAUAUAGAGACGUACGUAUAGUAACAUCUUGAAAGAUGAUCUGUCUGAUUGCCACAUUAAAACAUGAGUCAUGCCACAUAUCACAUCAGCUAAAUAAAUUGGGUUUUUUUUGCCCAUGCAAGUUCAUCUGUAUAGAUAUAAUUGAAUUGUCUCUUAAGUACAUAGAUUGGGCUCAUUAGAGGAUCCCAUAUCUGAAGGAGUAAGAUUUCUUUGCUGCCUGAAAUACAAAAUGAAUGAAAUGACCUACAUUGUGAGCAGUCAUAGGGAACAGAGAGCUAGGGGUAUAGCCCCCCCCCCCACCCCUCCCCCCUACUAAACCAUUCUGCCACACAAGAGCAAUAAAUUAAAAAUAUUUUAUUUGCCCUGCCUACAGUAUUAACAUUAGCAAGCAAUGUACCCUAAUAUGCCAUUACUUUAUUAUUUACUUUGUCCAAUGCCAGAUAUUUUACUUGUCAAGGUAAGGGCACUGGGCUCAAUGGGUUGAUCAGACUAUCUGCCCAUGUGUCUAUUUCAGGGCUGCAAAUAAAUAUUUGACUUGACAGGACAUAGAGGUAGAGAUCAUAUGCCACUAUUCUCAAAAUUUGCCAGCCUGAGGGUAGCACCCUGAACCCCCCAGAAUUUUGCCCCCCCCCCUGCCCCCUCAACCAAGCCAGUGCCUAUGGUCUGAAACCCCCCCCCCCCAACUUCUCUUCAAGACUAUACAAAUUAAUAGCUGAUAAUACGUACUACUGUAACAGCUGUUGUAAACAUUCAAGAGUAUUUUUCAGCAUUCUAAUUUAAUAUAAUUAAACCUUGCAAUUUGUCACUUGAACUUACAAUAAAUAGUGAAAAUAGAAUGUAAUGGCAAGGAACAUGUUGUGAAUUCCUAUUCAGUUGAUGCUGACUUAAUUGCUACUAAAGUCUUUCCACUGUGACAAUUAUAAUAAAAAAGCUAAAAAUGCCGACAAUUACCAUAAAAAUUAUACAAUUUAGUGCAAUUUAAAAUAUAACAAUUACGUAAAUUUAAAACACAAGGGCGUUAUAACAAUAAUACAUACUUCACAUGAUUUGUUUGAGCCAUUAAUAUAAUUAUUGACAUAUACAUGUGUAGAAUGUAGCUGUAUGAUAUGUGGUUGUUAACAAUUCUCAAGAUCAUUGUUUGCAAUAUAUCGGCAUUCGGCAUCUUCAACGUGAAAAGACCAAAAGGAGAAUGGUAUGAUCCACAUACUUAACUUUCAUUUUCAUAUCUUAUGUUCACUCACAGAUGGCCAACCAUUCACGUAAUAAUAUUAAAUUAAAUACUGCAACAAUCCGAGUACACUUCCCUAUGGAACCUGAGACCAUGGAACCAGGAGGCAUUGGGGGAGGUGCCCCCACACUUUUUGUGGAAGGAGAAAAUGUGCCCUUUCUGUGGAAUAAAAGUGGCCAUUUUUCCAGCAAUUAAAGAGUAAUUAUAAUUUCCCCCUUAAGCUAACAAGUCUACAAAUGCCCUGUUGACGGAAGUGUCGUUAAGGUAGUGUGUGCUUAUAGGAAAAAGACAAAUUAUGUAAAAUAGUGUGAAUUGACACAUGCAUGCAACUAAAUAGGGUUUAUAGCUUGGUGCGAUUUCUUUGUCUUCGCAGCUGGGUGUACCUGUUAGCUCACCCAAUAUAGGCAAAUAUUCCAGCUUAUAGUUUAUGCCGAGGGGUAAAUUACUCUGAAAAUCUUCGUACACUUCAUCAAGAAUCCAAAAAAAUCUUUGGAAAAAUCCCAAAAUCUUACUAAAUCCCAGAAUCCCAAAAUCCCAAGAAAUCUCUACAAAUUGCAUAAAAUACUUGGAAAAAGCCCAAUAAAGUCCUCAAUAUUAUUGCAAUAUUGAGAAAUCGCAUCAAAUUUAUACAUUUAAAUCGUGAAUUGGCGUGAAAAUGCCCUUCGUUCGACGGAUUAUAUGUCGCAAAAAAUGUCGGAAAAAGUUCGGCGAAAAAAAAUAAGGGAAAAUAUUUCGAAAAAUCAGCUGAAAAAAAUCCCAAAAUCCCUAGAUUUGGGGAAAAAAUCCCAGAAUCCCGAGAAACAUUGCCGGGAUUUUCUAAUCCGAAAAAUAUUCGUACGCUUUUUUCAGAGUAAUUUACCCCUCGGUUUAUGCCUGCAGGGGAUGAUGGGAAGUAAGGUAUCAUAUUGCCGAUUAUGCUGAAAAAUUUCAAUAAAAACUACCGAAACAACCGAAAUAUUUCAAUAUUUACACGUAUAAGCUAUCACUCCGUGUUUACACGGCCAUCAUUUUUAUUUUUUCAGCAUCAUAAUCAGCAAUGUGAUACCUUACUUCCCAUCGUCCCCUGCACGCAUAAACUAAAAGCUGGAAUUGUCUAUUAAAAAUCGCAUUUAUGAUCGGCAUGAAACUAUAAAUUGUAUGCCCACGUCGUAAUAAUGGAACUCCACUGAGAACUGGGAACUGUUUGGAACAUGCAGAAAUUUAUAGCUGCGGAUUGAGACAGGAUUCAAGUACCUAAAAAUACAAUUAAAACUUAUACUUUUCAUGUAGGAUCCUAGCUAUGUUCCAUGUCAUUUCUGGUGUGAUUGUCGCUCUACCUACGGUGGUACAGAUCGUUAGAAUUUACUCAAACCACUUACGUUCUAUCACAUAAAUAAGUAGCUCCUAAAUCAGGAUAUUCUAGCUCGGACGAAACUUGUUAAUUGUUUGUUUUAAAUUCUUUAAUUCUUUUAAUUGGUUUUGAAAUAUUUGUUCUGAUUUAAUUUCCAGAUUGAAGAGGAACGUCUGGCGACGAUUGAAAGAGAUAACAGAAUUUUACUUGAAAAAAUGUCCCAGAUCAUGAGAACCAAAGGACGAGUGGACAACUGGAAUGAUUAUAGUACAAAAAGUUUGAACAGAACAAAGAGACAACAGGAGUUACUUCGAGUUACUCAUGAGAACCAGGUUUGUCAACAUUCUUAAUUGCAGCAAAGCUGCCAAGCAGGCUUUUAGCCAGGAUCCUAAAAGAGGGCGUCCAAUUUUGGCACAACGAUACAUCUACGUCCCUCUGGAAAACCUUUGAAGUUUACGUUACUUCAUGUCAGUGUCUGUUCCAAGCUCGUUCGAAAUUUUUCAAACACACGUGGCUUUGUGAGUUUGUGCCGCUAUGCUUCUUUACUUAACUAUGACAUUUUCAUUCAGCCAGGUACACCAUCAAAUUGAUCAAACUGUCCAAUGUAUAAUAAUAAUGAGAAUUGAAGCUAUUUCGUUUCAGAUAUAUUAAUAUACUUAGGGAAAUAAUUGAAAAUAAUUUCCCUUUUCCCCCAGAAUUUGGGCGUCCAAAGGCGUCCAUUUUCGUUCUAAGGGCGUCCCAGGACGCCUGGACGCCCUUCUGGCUAAAAGCCUGCUGCCAAGUCUCAUGGUUUACCCAUGAAUCUCCAGGUUUUGGGGCUGAAUUCAAACUUUCAUGGUUGGACUUACAAAUCUCACGGUGUUUCAAGAAAAUGAUUUUUAUUGAUUCAAUAUAACUUACUGCAUAUUUAUUAUUUUAUAUUUUUUCCCAAUUCUUCUCAGUUAAAACGAACGAAAAAGUGCGGGGAGCGUAGGCAGAGGGUAGCAAAGAAACAAAUAUGUUCCAAGAGUGUAUGCCUUGCAAUCUUUUACCUCUUGUCAUUUUCUAGUGUAGGAAAUAGCAUUCCAAAGACCAUAGAAACACAAAUUUAUGGAUGAGGCAUGCAAUUGCAUGUUGAUCUUGCUCCCCCGUUCUGUUUAUACUGGCCUCGGUCCUAAUACUGAACCUCAUCAGGGCUCGGUUGCUCGAAAGAUGGUUAGCUUAAUCCUGCUAGUCAACCAAAAAUUCAAACUAAGCAAGCUUCCCAGCAGCUUGUUCAUAACUUGGAAAUAUUUUUUCAGAAAUCUCGUGUGGAUCUAUAGGAGUUUUCUUUCCUGACGUUUUGUAAUAAACAAACGUGCAGAGAUACAUAAUUAAACUAAAACGGCGGGUUACUAAUUUCCAGGGUUAGCGCUAAUCCAGCUUUGAAGACCAGCUCUGGUAUCUCACACUCUGCAUGGUAUACAAAUCUAAUAUUCUGCAUGGUAUAUACAAAUCUCACAUUCUGCAUGGUAUCCAAAUCUCACAUUCUGCAUGGUAUACAAAUCUAAUAUUCUGCAUGGUAUAUACAAAUCUCACAUUCUGCAUGGUAUCCAAAUCUCACAUUCUGCAUGGUAUACAAAUCUAAUAUUCUGCAUGGUAUAUACAAAUCUCACAUUCUGCAUGGUAUCCAAAUCUCACAUUCUGCAUGGUAUACAAAUCUAAUAUUCUGCAUGGUAUAUACAAAUCUCACAUUCUGCAUGGUAUCCAAAUCUCACAUUCUGCAUGGUAUACAAAUCUAAUAUUCUGCAUGGUAUAUACAAAUCUCACAUUCUGCAUGGUAUCCAAAUCUCACAUUCUGCAUGGUAUACAAAUCUAAUAUUCUGCAUGGUAUAUACAAAUCUCACAUUCUGCAUGGUAUCCAAAUCUCACAUUCUGCAUGGUAUACAAAUCUAAUAUUCUGCAUGGUAUAUACAAAUCUCACAUUCUGCAUGGUAUCCAAAUCUCACAUUCUGCAUGGUAUACAAAUCUAAUAUUCUGCAUGGUAUAUACAAAUCUCACAUUCUGCAUGGUAUCCAAAUCUCACAUUCUGCAUGGUAUACAAAUCUAAUAUUCUGCAUGGUAUAUACAAAUCUCACAUUCUGCAUGGUAUCCAAAAUCUCACAUUCUGCAUGGUAUACAAAUCUAAUGUUCUGCAUGGUAUAUACAAAUCUCACAUUCUGCAUGGUAUACAAAUAUCAUAUUCUGCAUGGUAUACAAAUCUCACAUUCUGCAUGGUAUAUACAAAUCUCACAUUCUGCAUGGUAUACAAAUCUCACAUUCUGCAUGGUAUACAAAUCUAAUAUUCUGCAUGGUAUAUACAAAUCUCACAUUCUGCAUGGUAUACAAAUAUCAUAUUCUGCAUGGUAUACAAAUCUCACAUUCUGCAUGGUAUACAAAUAUCAUAUUCUGCAUGGUAUACAAAUCUCACAUUCUGCAUGGUAUACAAAUCUCACAUUCUGCAUGGUAUACAAAUCUCACAUUCUGCAUGGUAUACAAAUCUCACAUUCUGCAUGGUAUACAAAUCUCAUAUUCUGCAUGGUAUACAAAUCUCACAUUCUGCAUGGUAUACAAAUCUAAUAUUCUGCAUGGUAUCCAAUUCUCACAUUCUGCAUGGUAUACAAAUCUAAUAUUCUGCAUGGUAUACAAAUCUCACAUUAUGCAUGGUAUACAAAUCUCACAUUAUGCAUGUAUUGUGUCUAAAUCUCACAUUCUGCAUGGUAUACAAAUCUAAUAUUCUGCAUGGUAUCCAAUUCUCACAUUCUGCAUGGUAUACAAAUCUAAUAUUCUGCAUGGUAUAUACAAAUCUCACAUUCUGCAUGGUAUACAAAUCUCACAUUAUGCAUGAUUGUCUAAAUUGUAGCUAAAGUAUACUACCUCGCUCUACUGCAGAUGGUUUAUGUGUCCAUAUGUUUACAGUGAAAAUACAAAAAGUGUCCCACUUCCGCUUCUGUAGUUUGUUGCGAUUUACUGUAAUUUGUUCUGUUUUUCUGUAGCGAUUACCGAUUUAUCGGCAAAUACCGCGAUAAAACUUAGUUUUUUCUAUUUUUAAAUAUGAUAAUUUGUAGCAAAGGGAAAUAAUACAUUUUUCGUUAGUUUCAUUGCAUAAAAGGAACGAAAUUUAAAUUGUAUCGCAGUAUUUGCCGAUAAACCGGUAAUCGCAACAGAAAAACAGAACAAAUUACAGUAAAUCACAACAAACUACAGAAGCGGAAGUGGGACACUUUUUGUAUUUUCACUGUAAUAUCUUACAUUGUUUUCUAUUGCUCGUUAUACUCGUUGAUGCCAACUGCUUCACCUUCUUUGGAGGGACUGGAACCGAAAAUAGAAUUUAUAAAUUUUAAACUUUUUAUGAUUGGUCAACGUUUCUUUUACUUUUCUUUUUAGUCUAUUUUAAAGAGAGUCCUGGCUCAAAAACCAGUGUAUGAUCAUUCAAAAUGGGUAUGUGGCAAUUUAUUUAUUUUUUCUCUAGAAUUCUCAUUAUCCAGGGUGAAGUGAGCAGUACAGACUUCCUUGCCAUUUUAUUUCUUUAUUCAUUUAUUUGGCAUGGUUUUUCGGAUAAGACAUUUAGGUUUUUUGAAUAUCAUUAGAUCCUGUGCCCUUGAGUAAGCGUUAUUUUACCGUUCUUACCCUCAAUCAAUGGACAGGAUCCCCAGAGGAGAAACUAAUACCGUAAUGUCCAUAAUUAUUAUGUGGAAUAAUUCUGUUUAGUUGCUUUUGUGGUCAUGUUUACAUGAAGUAUGUCCCAUGUAUCAUGCAUUGCACGUGUUCGCGCUGCUAAAAAUGUAAACGAAUGGCACUAGAUGUGAUAUGCGAUGGUGUACAAAAAAUAAUUUGUAAAAAAGCAACAAACGAUUUUUUUUAUUUUUAGGAGGACGAUUGGUUGGAAAAAGAAGGUUACAUGGAGAGUAUUUCAAAAUAUCCCAAAGAAUGGUACAAGAAAAGUGGUGGUAAGAAGAAAACUCCCGCAGAGAAGACAAGAAGGAGCGAAGGAAGAAGCGAGGGAAGAAGCGAACAAGACGGCGGCGGGUCAAAGCGAGGCUCGAAGAAAGAUAGAAUGUCACCUAAGGAAGAAAAAGACGGAAGGUCGCCCAGCCCUAGGGAAGAAAAACAAGCAAAAUCGCCGAGACUUAGAGAGGAGCAAGAAAAUGGCGGCGGGUCAAAGCGAGGCUCGAAGAAAGAUAGAAUGUCACCUAAGGAAGAAAAAGACGGAAGGUCGCCCAGCCCUAGGGAAGAAAAACAAGCAAAAUCGCCGAGCCUUGGCGGCGGAUCAAAGCGAAGCUCAAAGGCAGACGGAAUGUCACCAAAGGGAGAUAAAGACGAAAGGUCGCCCAGCCCUAAGGAAGAAAAAGAAGCCAUCCCUGAAGUGAAAGAAGAAGUAAAGGAAGAAAUGAAAGAUGAAGUAGCAGAAGAAGUGAAGGAAGAAAUAAAAGAAAAAGUGGCGGAAGAAGUGAAAGAAGAAGUGAAAGAAGAAGUGGUUGUGGAGAAUGAAAUCACGAAUGAAGAACCAGAUGAAAAUCUAGGAAAACAAGAUGAGAAACUUGUUAAACCAGAUGGACAACCGGAUGAAAAACCUGAAACUGGAGACAAAGAAGAAACACCUGAAGAUGACAGUAAAGAUAAAAUUGAGAAUGACGUUAGUUAGGAAUAAUAUUUUUACAAACCUACUGGUGUGGUAGUAUGUCAAGAAUGAGUAUGGUAGUAUCCAUUAGGUUAACUUACGUCAAACUUUAUUUAGUACAGAACACACACACACAUUUGAAUAUUUACAUGGCAAUCAUUAACUGACCAACAAUAAAACGAGAUAGUUAAUAGAUGAACAACAAAAAGGUUGUGAUGAUCAUAUUCAGUGGCGGGAACAUAUGGUACGUACGUAUGACUACCUGUUGUAGUUUCAAAUCUUAAUUCUUUAAACGUCUUUCCAUUUCAUGCAGUAUUUACUUAAAGGCCGUUUUCCACUUCAAUCGUAACGUAUGGUAGCAUUCUCUUUUGUGUCGAAGUCAUCAAUUCCAUUCUAGUGCUCAGGAAACAAAGAAAUACGCUUCGGUACGAUACGGUUGAAGUGGUAAACGGUUUUAUAGCCUACCAAAUGUGGAAGAAAUUACUGUCUUGUCUGAAAUUAAAGUCCGUCUCUGAAUAACAUGAUCCUUAUACAGUAUCAUGAGACAUUACCGUCAAAGUUGCCAAAAAAACUAGCCAGUCGUUUAAGUUUGGGUCUGAUAAAAGUUUGUGUAUGAUUGCGUAUUUAACCACAUGGAAUGUAAGAAAAAUUUAUACUAUUUUUAAACAAAAAUAAAAUAAAAUUGUUGUAUGGAUGACGAUGUUGGGCACUCAAGUGAACUGAUGUUGAAGAGUUUUGUUGACGGAAAUUUCCAGUGGAAUUUUUAUACAUUUCUUAGACCUAACCAAGAACAGUUGUGAGAAAUGCAAAAGUUCGAUUCUUACCAGAGGAGCAAUAGUUGCAUUUUUCUCACAUGCUCCUGCUUGUCUAAUAAAUGUAUAAAAAAUCAAACUCGAAAUUGCCAUCUACAAAUCCCUUCAAUAAAAUUGUUG